GCGGAGACUGCGGCUGCGCCUCUCGCGAAAGGGCAGGCGUCGCGGAGCCGGGCACUUCCGUACUUCCGCUUUCCGGCCCAGACAGCUCCCGCGAUGACUGCCACUCUCCGCCCCUACCUUAGUGCCGUGCGGGCCACACUGCAGGCUGCCCUCUGCCUGGAGAACUUCUCCUCCCAGGUCGUGGAAAGACACAACAAGCCAGAGGUCGAAGUCAGGAGUAGCAAAGAGCUCCUAUUGCAACCUGUUACCAUCAGCAGGAAUGAGAAGGAAAAGGUUCUGAUCGAGGGUUCCAUCAACUCUGUCCGGGUCAGCAUUGCUGUGAAACAGGCUGAUGAGAUUGAGAAGAUUUUAUGCCAUAAGUUCAUGCGCUUCAUGAUGAUGCGAGCAGAGAACUUCUUUAUCCUUCGAAGGAAACCUGUGGAGGGGUAUGACAUCAGCUUUCUCAUCACCAACUUCCACACGGAGCAGAUGUACAAACACAAAUUGGUGGACUUUGUAAUCCACUUCAUGGAGGAGAUUGACAAGGAGAUCAGUGAGAUGAAGCUGUCAGUCAAUGCCCGGGCCCGCAUUGUGGCCGAGGAGUUCCUCAAGAAUUUUUAAAUCAUCUGGCUGGAUCUCGUGGCCUUCCCCCUUGGCCUUCCCUGUGUCUCUGCACAUCUGCGACGGUGUCCUGAAGUCAACCCCGGAGCAGCGGUGCAGCAGCAGCAGGAAGCUGGGUUGGGUGGGCAUCGGAUGCGGGAGGUGGGUGUGGUGUGCUUGCUGGCUGUGCAAAAAGGCAGCAGUGAACCUGCCCCGAGCCCACAAGUGUCUGAUCAGGCUAGCUUCUGAUGUUCAGUCCCCUGGGCCGGGACAGACUUUUUUUUUAAAUGUCUUGAAACCUAAACUCUGUGCUUGUAGAAGACUGUAACCUUUUUGUCUUUUUUUUUUUUUUUU